AUGUUUGCUUUUAUAUCACACUCAUUUCUCCUCUCAUCACAUCAAAACAGGACGAACGAGAACGUUCGAAUGCUGUGGAUUGAUUACGAUGGCAACCACCAACCGUAUAAGCUGUUAAAACCUGGGCAAAGACAUCGACAGCAGACGUAUUUGACGCACCCUUGGACGUUUAAAACGGCGUCUUCGAGAGAAGAAGAACAUUCGGACGACGGGGAGGACGAGGAGGUAGGAGGAAGAGGAAGAGGAGAAGAAGAAGAAGAAGGAGAAAGAAGAGAGCUACCAGAAAGGUUGGUGAUUCGGGAUAGUCCGGUGUUUUAUCCACCACCGGAAACGAUGGAUUCGGAAGAAGAUUCUGGCGACGACGAAGGGGACAUGGCGCCUUCGUCUGGAGGAAGAUCGAGCGCGGAGGUGUUUUCAAUCACGUACCCGAAGACUGUGACGAAUUGGAGUCCGAGAACGAACAAAACUUUGAAAUGUUACCAGAGCAACGCGUUCCAGUCGGCUGUUAGGGAAACUCUGCGCGUGUGGACUUUCGCGCACGCGAAACGAGAAGAAGAGGAAGAAAAAGAGGAAGAAGAAGACAAAAAAGCAACGAACGAACAACAAACGGAGGCAUCGAUGUAUUCGUCGCCGCCAGCUUCCGCGAGUGUUACUGCUUGUAUCACAACCUUGAGCGAUAUUCCAAAAGACGUGUUGGUGAACGAAAUCAUUCGUCGAUUCGCGCCAGAACCGCCGUAUUAUAACUUAAUGCUGUGCACGUGA